UUCUCGUUUCUCUCACUCUCUCUGAGUCUCUCUUUCUCUCUCUCUGUCCGUCUCUCUCUCGCAUCAGUCUUUGAUCUUUCUUUUUUUUGAACUUUUUGGAGUUUCCAUUUCUUCUUUCUUGUGUGCUAACCUGCGCACUCUCUUGCUGCCUAGCUUGCGCGCCUGAGAUGUCUCCGGCUAUAACAACUACGGCCAUACUUGUGAGAAUCUCGAGGUACAGGAGGGCGUAGUGUUGGGUUUUUGAGCAAGAUCAAGCGGGCUAAGAUUCAGUCUCUGCGGGACCCAGACCUUCAAAUGGACGGCCAGAUGACGCAGUCCAAGCUUACUAGAACCAAUUCGUCACUUCUCCGGUCGUCUCCCACUAUCCGAUCAUCAAUCCAUAGCCUUUCCUCGGUCACCGAGGAGGACGCGGUGAGAGCGUACCACCAAGAACAACAAGAAGACGAUGAGGAGAAGGAAAUUAAGCCCCUUAAGCCCGGUUCAACUCCGAGAAGGAUUGGGUCGACCAGGUUGACUCCGGUAGCGAUCAUAGUGUCACUCACUUUUUUCUCACUCUUCAUUGUUUCAUUCUUUUUCUUCUUCUAUUUGAGAAGGGAAGAGAUACCCUCAUCCGAGAAUCUGUUGUUGGCCUUGAUUUUCAUCGCAAUAACACUCUUCUUUGCGAACAAGAACAAGAAUUUGAUAAAUCAGAGCUUUUCAAUCCUCAAGCAAUUGUGGGAGGAAAACUCAAAGAAAUUUCGGUCAACUUCGCGGACGAAUUCAAAGACGGUCCAAUGGUUCAUUGGGGAUUCAAUCCCAAGGAAACCCAGUAUGGAGAAGCAAAUCAUACGCGAAGGAGUAGAGUUUUACAGCAACGGAGAUUUCUACGAAGGGGAAUUUCACAAAGGGAAAUGCAAUGGGAGUGGAGUCUAUAACUAUUUCGCGAAUGGGAGAUACGAGGGCGAUUGGGUUGAUGGGAGAUAUGAUGGGUAUGGGAUUGAGAGCUGGGCGAGAGGGAGUAGAUAUAGGGGUCAGCAUAGGCAGGGAUUGAGGCAUGGAUUUGGGGUUUAUAGAUUCUACACAGGGGAUUCUUAUUCAGGGGAAUGGUUCAAUGGGCAGAGUCAUGGGGUUGGGGUGCAGACUUGUUCUGAUGGGAGCUGCUGUGUGGGUGAAUUCAAGUAUGGUGUCAAGCAUGGUCUUGGAGCUUAUCAUUUUCGGAACGGAGACAGAUAUGCAGGAGAGUAUUUUGGAGACAAAAUUCAUGGAUUCGGUGUUUAUCACUUUGCGCAUGGCCACUGCUACGAGGGGUCAUGGCAUGAAGGCCUUAAGCAGGGGUAUGGCAAGUAUACUUUCCGGAAUGGCGACACCAGAUGUGGUGAAUGGGAUGCUGGCACCCUUAAAAACCCUUUAGCCCCAUUAACCGAUGCUGUCCUUCGAGCAGUUCAGGCUGCAAGGAAAGCAGCAGAGAAUGCCAUUAACCUUCGCAGAGUUGACGAUCAGGUGAACAAGGCGGUUCUGGGUGCUAACCGAGCUGCUACUGCUGCUAGAGUUGCUGCUGUCAAAGCUGUUCAAAACCGGAUGGACCGCAGAUUUUGUGACACAAAUGUCUAAUGGGAUUACUUUUGUUUUAAAGUUGUAAAUUUUACUAAUUUCCUCUUCCUGUGCUUGGAAAGAUGACAAGCCGGUGAGCACAAGCUGAUCGGAGGUUGAGAGACAGAGAGAGUUUUAGGGUUUCGUUCAAUCGAUAUCACACCACUGUAACUUGUACAUAAACCAUGUAUAUUUGAUGGAAAAUCAAUUUUUCAAGAGGAGUUCUCCCUGUAAA